AUGGGAUCACGGGACUACGCACGUGGUGCCCAGAAGACAAGCAAUGACCAGAAAUCUGUUGCCUACCCUACCUACUCCCUAGCUGAAAGAGCCCAUUCAACAUUUAGAGAGGUUUGGUUCUCUUCGUCUGUCCUUGUGAGUCUGUGUAUCACCUCAACACCAUCCUUCCUCAUUCUUGCCUUUCUUAUGGCAUAUCGAAGGACUUUCAAGUCAUUGAUUGCGAUGUGGCUUUUUCGAUUGGAAACUGAGCGACUAGCGACCAGCACCUUCGGAACGAUUUUCAAGGCUGCGUCCAAUGCCGUCGCUUGGCCCCCAAGUUGGCAAGAUUUGACAAUUCAGCCUUCCACCGCCUGA